CACGGCAACCGCAGCCGAAAAAGCUCCCACUAAACAAGAAACAGAGCACGAGGCUUCCACUUCCACGACGCAAUCUCCAUCCACCCCUUCUUCCUCCUGCACCCGCGCCCCACCCAAAAGGAAGCAAGAAUCUGCGCCUGCACCGCAGUGCCUCCUUUCUCCCUCCUCCCCGCCUCCCCGGAGCCCGCCCAGCAUCGGAUCCUUCGCCCCCCGGGGCGGUUUCUGAAUCCAGCCGAGCCAGCCCAGUCCCACCACCAAUGGGCGCCGUGGCGGUUCCUUUCGCUGCUCAUUUUCUGGUGUAACCACCCCGACCCCAGCCAUCUAUCUCCCUGCCCUGCGCUUUUGCGUCGGCAAGGCUCUCCUCCAACUCCAACCAGGCUUUCCGACGGCACGGGCUUGUCUGUCGCCGGAGGGAGGGCCCACUGCCCCUGUCGUCUUGCUGGCGCUGGCCCUCUAGUCCUUCCUAGGUUGUCCCUCCCUACAUCGUCUUGGGGUGGUCCGAAUCUUCAGUCAGGAAGGUAUUCCAGCCUUGCUUGUGUCUGGGGUUUCGCUCGUUGCUUCCCAACUGUCCCCAAGGUUUUGCCAAGUUUGGGUGACCAAGGAUUCCUGGCGAGGAGGAUUUUGGUUCCCCUGAAGCUCCUUGGUGCUCCGAAUUUGGGGGGUUUUGGAGGAAAGCUGUAAGUCUUGGCCUCCUGCUCCUUGGUUAGUCCGACCAAGGCCGAAGAAGAACUUGCCAAUGGAGCCGCCUAGCAGUAGCAGGCUCUGGGCGUCUCUCUGGACCUUCAUCAAGUUCCUGCCCUACUUCUGCGGCCUCUUCAUCCUUGGGCUCAUUAAAGGUGUUCUGCUAUGCCCAUGGGCAUGCCUUAUUAUGGCAAUCGGAAUAUCUGCACUAAUUCUUGGGUUAUGGCCUAUGCAUCUGAUUUGGACAUACUACUGCAUCAUCAGAACCAGAAUGGUUGGACCUGUAGUAAAGCUUCUACUUCUUGUUGCUGCCACUGUGGUCAUGAUCUUAUGGUUGAUAGUUGGCAUCCCGGGAAGCAUUUUGGCUGGAUUAUUAUAUGGCUUUCUAGCACCGAUAAUGGCCACAUUCGAUGCAGUUGGAGAAGGCAAAGAAAAUACAUUUGUUCAUUGCUUUGUGGAUGGAACAUGGAGCACUAUUACUGGGAGUUGUACAGUGGUCAGGGAUUUGAAAGACAUGCUUUUCCACUCCUAUUUUUCAAUUAUGGAUGACCUUCGUCUUCAGACACCUCCUUGUGGAAAGCCAUAUGAGAUAAGAUUGCUUGAUAUUCCCGGGGCGUUGUUGUCUGCUGCUUGUGGACUCAUACUGGAUGUAAUAAUGUUCACACUAAUUGCCAUCUACAAGUGCCCUGUGAUGCUCUUCAAAGGGUGGAAACGACUGAUUCAGGAUUUGAUUGGGAGAGAAGGACCUUUUCUGGAGACAGCAUGUGUGCCAUUCGCAGGUCUUGCUAUUCUUCUCUGGCCAUUUGCGGUACUGGGGGCUGUUCUUGCAUCCAUCCUCUCUAGUAUUCCUUUAGGCCUGUUUGGUGCAGUUGUAGCUUACCAGGAAUCCUCUGUAGUCAUGGGACUCUCUUAUGCUGUCUCAUCUGUGUCCAUCUUUGAUGAGUACACGAAUGAUGUACUUGACAUGGCACCGGGAUCUUGCUUUCCAAGGUUGAAAUAUCGGAAACAGAAAAAUGAAGAUUCUUCACAUGGUGGUCAACUAUCUAAGCCAGGCUCAUUCGACAAGGAGAACCAAGAAGGAAAGAAACCUCUAAACCGUGUUACAUCAUUUAAGAACAGCAUGGAUGAGUUCAAUCCAUUCAAGAUGCUGGACCACUUAUUUGCUGAAUGCAAGCGGCAGGGAGAGGUUUUGGUGAAUGAAGGAGUGAUAACAAUGAAAGACAUCCAAGAAACGAAGUCAGGCAAAGUUGGCAGUGGGGUUCUUAACGUUGGUUUACCGGCAUAUGUAAUCCUUAAUGCACUCCUUCGAUCUGCAAAAUCUAACUCUAAUGGCCUAAUCUUGAGUGAUGGCACUGAGAUUACAUCUGAUAAUAGGCCUAAAAGCACUCUCUUUGACUGGUUCUUCGACCCUCUUAUGAUCAUCAAGGAACAAAUUAAAGCCGAGAAUUUCACAGAAGAAGAGGAAGAAUACCUCAAAAUGCGAGUCCUGAUGGUUGGUGAGCCUAGUAACCUCAAGGGCACUCUUCCUCAUGUGCCAUCACUGAAUGAGCGGAAUAAAGCAGAAAUCGACGCAUUUGCUCGAAGAUUGCAAGGAAUCACUAAGUCGAUAUCGAGAUAUCCUACAUCCAAGCGUCGUUUUGAUGUUCUUGUGAAGUCUCUCUUGUCGGAGCUCGAGAGGACGAUGGGUGGCAGCGCGCCUGCCAAUGGAUCCCAAGCGCUAAGGUCGAGAGGCGGCAUUGCCCGGAUGCUUAGCCAGAAAUCCAUUGGGAAGACUGCAAACAUCAUGGAUGAAGAUCCAGAAGCACAAGUAACAAGGAAGGCUCGCACCCCAUGAUAGCUUUGAGUCUUUGGUGAUGUAUUGUGUAGCUGACAAGCUAGUGAGAGACCAGCUCUGUAAAAAUGUGUAAAAGAGAAACAGCUAUGAGCUAGUAUGAACGUUCUUAGGUGUAGCUUGAGUUGUUGCAAGUUUUGUUGUGUAAUUUGCUGCUAUUGGUUUUUGCAGACUACAUUUAUGAGAAAUCUUGCAAGAUCUCACUA